UGUUAGAAGCGUAGGAGAGAAGAGAAACUUUCUCCUCAGACUCCUCCUUUCCCUCCCACCAGUUAACGUUACUAAAUCCUCUCCAGUGUUCCACAAACACUCUUCUCACCAGAGCUCUGCAGAGAGUCUUCUAUUCUUUCCUCUGCUAACCGGGAACAAUGGAAACCAGCAAUUACAACCAAGAAUUCACCUCUCCACCGAAGUACAGCGAGCGUGGCUAUGAGCCGCUGAAAGAAGACAUGGAGAUUCAUAGUCAACCGAUCCAGCACAUCCAAUCGACUGUGGUGACAAUAAUGCCAGAGGAGCCCCCAAUCCGAGAUCACAUAAUCUGGUCGCUCUUCAAUGCCAUGUACUUGAACUUCUGCUGCCUCGGGUUCUUCGCCCUCAUAUUUUCUGUCAAGUCCCGGGACAGAAAGCUGCUGAGAGAUGUGAAUGGCGCAACCAGCUAUAGUUCCACAGCCCGUUCCUUAAACAUCGCUGCCACCGUUCUCUCCAUUCUGUUUUCAAUUGUCUUGCUAAUUAUAAUGAUAGUUGUACGAGUGAACGCUCCAGGCCCUGGCUUUGGCCCUGAAAAUACAGAUCUAAGCUACAUGAAUGAUUACGGACGUGGAAAGUGAUGGCCGAUCAACGACAGCAAUGCCUGAGUGUCUUUAUGACCCUUUUUCCUUUCAAUCGUAACUCCUAUUUUUUUAAAUCUCUAAAUGUUGGACUAAAAUGUUAUUACACUGGUUGCCACGCUCCUAAUCUGUAAAUGGGUGUAAUGGUAGCCUGGCAUUCAAGCUUCAAGGUAGCUGUGGGAGUCUCAAUUCAUUUCUAUGGCUGAAUGGAGAAAUCGUUCAAGCGUGUUAGGGAUUAAUGUAAGGAUGGGUUUGGGUGGUUAGAUGUGCAGUGAAUGAUGCCAUCUGUAUGAGGACUGUCACAGCUCCUUUGAAGCUGGUUUAACUGAGGUGAAGGGUCUCAGCAUUGUCCUUCAGCUAGAGACGCAACUCCCUGCCUCAUUAGACUAGACAGCAUUGCCAUAAGCAUCUACCUACAUAGAUCAGAGAUGGGUAAUGGACUUGUAUGGAUUUAUCACCUAUUUAGUACAGAAGUCCUGAAAGCACUUAAUGGGCACCUUCACACCAGCAAAACACGCCACUUACGGUACCCAGCCCAUUCAAGUCAAUCUAACCUAGUGUACUACACUGCUUUAAAGUGAGCUACCACAAGAUGUCCACUAUUA